CCUGAUAUCGGACGGUUUGUUUUGGUUCUAUAUGCGCAUGCGCAAAGUGCGCAUGACGUCACAUCCAUAAACAAAUGGUCAUUUAUGAAGUCCGUGACCUACUUGUCCACUAAGCUUGCAACAAAUGCGCCGAAAACAGUCUAAUCCUAAGAAGAUAAUUAAACACAGAGGUCUUUACUCACCAACAGCUCUUCACAAUGCAUACCUUAAAGUAAAAGACAGUGGCUUGCCAGUAAGAACUGUUGCAAAACAGUAUGGUGUUCCUCAUACUACACUAUGGGACCGUGUGAAAGGGGUUAUUGACCCUGAAUGCCUCAAACCCGGACCAGCUCCACUCUUCUCUCAGGAAGAAGAGGUCAAACUAGUUGACCAUGUCAAGACAAUGGCUGCCCUUGGGUAUGGUUAUACCAUCAGUGAAGUUGUAGCAAGUGCUACAAACUAUGCAGUGUUCCUUGGUAAAAGGCCAAAUGAUAAACCUUUGUCUGUGAAAUGGUUUAAGGGUUUCCAGCAGCGAUGGCCUGAGUUGCGAGUUGUUCGUCCGAGGGCACUGUCCAACUACAGAGCUGAAGCCACAUCAGAGGCCAAUGUUCAUGAAUAUUUCAACAAUUUGAUGAGCGUUGUUGAAAAACAUGACCUCCACAACAAACCUGAGUGUGUCUAUAACAUUGACGAAAAAGGUAUCCAAACAGAGCAUACCCCACCAUUCAUAAUAAGUGGCACAUUGAAGGCACCAGCAGUUACUUCGUCAAGGUCCUGCGUUACAACAAUAAUUGGAUGUGGAAACGCAUUAGGCACACAGCUUCCACCAUUCUUUGUUUUCAAAGGGAAACGCCUGAAUGCAGAUCUGUUACAAGGGUCUACACAAGGGUCAUCAGGGUGUAUGUCUGACAGUGGCUGGUCAAAUUCAGCUGUGUUUUUACACUACAUGGACACCCAUUUCCUCAGAUAUGUGCAAAGAGUGGACAAGUCACAGCCUAUCCUUGUUCUGCUUGAUGGUCAUAAAAGCCACAUAAAUGUUCCAGUGCUGGAUUGGGCAAAGAAGAAUAACAUUAUUCUAUUCAUCUUACCGGCCCACACAAGCCAUGUCCUUCAACCCCUUGAUGUGGGUUGUUUUGGACCCCUUCAAAAAAUCUACAACUCCAUGUGUCACAGAUUUAUCAGAGAAAAUCCCUCUACAAAAAUAACAAGGUACAAUGUUGCUCCUCUUGGAUCUGCUGCAUACGUAGCAGCAUUGUCUGUGGAAAAUCUUCGAUCUGCCUUCAAGAAAUCAGGUGUUUUUCCUGUUGACGAGUCAGCUGUUAGCAAGGAGCAUUUUACCACUUCGCUACCAUAUGUUGCUGAACCAUCUGUUCCUGAAAUCAACAAAAACAUGCAUGAAAGAAAUCCUGAUGUUUUCUUCUAUGAAGCAGAAGUUGUCAUUAACAAAAAGAAAGAAUUCAACAAUGCAAAGAAAAAGAAUAACAUUCUUGAAUUUACAUCUGGCAAAGAAAUAACAGAUCCGAUAAUUGAACAGAAACUCAGGGAAAGAGCUGAAACAACAAAUGAACAGAAAAACAAGCAACAAACUGAACAAUCCAACAAACAUUCGAAGCUUAUGCCCACAAAAGAAACAGCUUCACAAACAAGGAACAAACAACUGAAAAAAAAACAAUCAACAAAACAACACACUUACCCAGAGCCUGGACCCUCCCAUCUAAACACUGAUGUUGAAUCCUCUGAAGAUGAAGAUGAUGAUGAAACUUGUUGUGUAUGCAGCCUCUUUCAGCCAAAAGAACUUGCUAACUGCGUAUCAUUGAUAUUUGUAAAGUGGGCCAAGUGUGACUUUGAUAACUGUAGCCACUGGGUGCACUUGCAGUUUUGCACAGCCACAAAUGUUGUUAGGAGAAAUGACCCGUUCUAUUGUCCUUGCCACAAUAUUGCAGAGGAAUAGACUUGUGUUUUUGUGUUCAAAGCUACAUGCUUUUCUAAUUUUGUUAAUUUUCAUGUUUCAAAAAAAAAUGUUCAGUUUCAUGUUUGUUUAUAUUCACUGGAGUAGUAUUUAUGAACUGUUCGGUAAUAGGUCAUGUUUACAUCGGCCGCCAUUUUGUUUUGUCUGCUAGAGGUGACAAUAAACAAGGAAUCAUUGUUAUGAAUUCUUGACGGAUAUUUGCUUGAAAAUUUUACAGAUAAGUUAUUUAAUGAUUGAACUGUUAGUUAUUUGUUAAAACAAAUUGUUUUUGUUAUUUUAAGUGUUUGCAAAUUUAACUUAAUUUCUUAGGUGUUCGAUAACUGGUUCGUCCACCAUAAAUACAAAUAUCAUGUUUUCAAUGAAAAUUUGCAAAUCCGAAACAUUUUUAUUCAAUUUUGUCAAUUUAUCAAAGUGUGAACAAAUCCCUUUAACAAAGAUACCUGAACUUCUUCCAACCAUAGCAUUGUUAGGAGUGGUAGGUUUUGUAUGUUUAGUGCAAGAAAAUGAAUAUAUGGAUUCAAUACGAAAAUAUAGAUGUCUAGACGGGUUGUCUGGGGUUGUUUUGGAGAUGCUCAAUAUGUAAUCAGCCUGAGCGUUCAGCUUUGACGAUGUAUAGAAGAUUAAUGUGUAAUGUAUCAUUAAAUUUCAGGAAUUUAUCAAAGAUUGCUGUGGAGUCUUAAGAUAUUGGUAAUAUGUUAAACCAUACCAUGACUUAAUAUAGGCAUUAAUAGGUAUGCGAAAUUAUAUUGGUAUCUGCUGUUUUCCAUCAGUUAUACUGUUAAUGUCAUGACAAAAAGACAUUUCUAUGAAAUGUAAAAUGUUUUUUUACAUGUUAGCAAUCCACUUUGUAAAUGUAUUUACCUUUAAAAAGAUUAUAUUUGAUUGUUUUGGGGGUAAUUUAUUAUAAUAAUUUAUCAAAAAAUGUGAAAAUAGCAAAAUACUUAUUUUUACGAGCGCUUUUGCAAAUACACAUUUGCAAAGUUUCUCAUUUUACUAACAAUAUAUAUACGGUAUUACUAAGAGCAAACACAUUUCCCUUUUUUAUUUAAUACUUUUGUUUAUUAAUUCGUGUUUGUAUUUUUCUUGAAAUGUUUCUUCAGACAUGUUAUCCGCGUACUGUUUUGUCAUAUAGUCCUAGUACAGAUCAACUUUCCAGUGGCGUGCUGGAUAUAAUUGCAUACUUAUAAUAAGGAUUUAUACCUUACAAUUCUGAAUAUACCGAGAUGUUUAUUAUCGUUUCUGUUAUCAUUUUGAAAUAAAUCGGCAAACGUAUAAUAAUAAAAUGAAUACUUUACAUGGC